GAGCAGGUGCUCGCCGCCGUCUCAAACAAGAACAUCUUUGCGAUGCUCGGCACCUUCCUGGUCGGCUGCGCGCGCGCAAACAUCUCGAACGCCGUCGUCGUCGCGCUCGACGACGCGACGGCCCAGUUCGCGCGCGGCAAGGGGGCGCACACGUACGUGCGGAAGCUGCCAGCGCAGAUCGAGAUUGGUCGAGAUUGCAUCCCUAUAGGCUCGACCGACAACCACGCGACGUCUGGGCUCAAGUUCGCCGUCUUGCACGAGUUCCUCUCGGCGGGCUGCUCGGUGCUCCUCUCCGACGUCGACGUGUUGUGGAUGCAGAACCCGUUCACGCUGCCCUCCCUCUACCGCGACGCGGACGUGGAGGGGAUGACGGACGGCUGGGACGACGUCACCGCGUACGGGUACGAGUGGCCCUCUCACACGCGCAGCCUCCGGCUCGGCGCGCGCAACUCUGGCCUCUUCUACGUCCGCGCGACCGUCGAGGCGGUGCGGAUGAUGGCGCGGCUCAAGGGGCGGAUGCAGCGCGAGGCGCGACCUCCCGCCCGCCCGCACGCGGUGUGGGACCAGACCGCGUACAACGAGGAGAUGUGGUGGGCGGCGCUGCCGCGGGAGCCGGCGCACGGCAUCGCCGCGCGCGUGAUGAACUACCUCUGCCACAUGAACAGCAAGACCUUCUUCCGGUACAUGCGCGAGGACGACCAGCUCCUCGCGCGCCACCGCCCCGUCUCGCUGCACAUCAACUACCACCCCGAGAAGCUGCCGCGCAUGGAGGACGCCUUUGCGCGCUACCACGGCGCCGCGCCGGACGUCGACCUCGGCAACGGCCUCGGGCGGCCCACCAAGCGCGCUGCGCAGGGCGGGAUCCACGCCUGGCACUGGGGGGUCGGCCUCAAGGCGGGCAAGUGGUGCCGCGAGGCGCCUCGCGUCAGAGGCGCGCCCGGCAGCGCGCUCGGCGGCAGGCUGGUCGCCGCGGGCGGCAGGGCCACCUGGUCGGGCAUCAGCGGCCUCCACUUCCACGCGGGCGGCGCGCUCGACACGCCUUGGGGGAGCGGCUCGUGGGGAACGCUGAAGAAGCCGGGCGCGGAGCACGAGGACCUCCUCUUCGCCGACUUUAUCGGCCAGCAGCACGUUGUCGGCCCGCACGCAGACGGCUGGCCGAGGCUGACCUCGACGCGGUGCGCUGACUUUGAGAAUGUCACCGUGGUCGUCCACGAGGGAGGGUAGAGAGCGGAGAGCACCAGAGGGCCGGAGGAGAGUGGCGCACGUUGGCCGUGAGCUCUCUCUCCUACAAUGGAUGAAAAAA